UCGGAGAGGCUGAGCAACCUGCUGAAGGCGCACAGCCUUCCCGGCGGUCGGUCGGGGCGGUGGCGUGUGGAGGAGGCCGGGGUGGGCCGCGCCCCGCAGCCCCUAGCACUCGCUGCAGUUCUGGGGGUUUCGCCCCCCACCCCCGGACUUGAUCUUGUUCACAGAUGCAGCCUGGAACGUAGCAGGUGCUCAGUACCUACUGGCUGAAUGCAUUUCCGAAUGAACGAGCGACGGUGACGCCCGUCGGUGUGCCUGCCAUGCGCUGGCCACUCGGCUUGUCCCUGGCCUGGCCUCCUGUCAGGAAGCAAGUGGGGGAGUGGAGGAGCGAGAACGGUCCAGGGUGUCGGGAGAGUGGGGCCGGCCGCGCCGACUUGGCGGGAGGUUUUGGAGUCUGUCGUCACGCUCCCAGGGCUCCCAGUGUCGGCCCUGAUGGGUACUGGGUCCCUGCCCCGGAGAGCUCAGGUUCCAGCCACUGCCCCUUAGAGCACGACCCCCGAGGCCAGCUGCACUCUCUGUCUCCACUGCCCCUCCCAUCACCAUCUUCCUUCUCAAAGUGAAUGUCUUUAUUGAAGUAAUAAGACCUACAGAAAAGCACACAAAUUGUUAAGUCCACAGCCCAACCCAUUCCGCAAAGCGAACACUUGUGUGACUGCUGCGGAUCCGAACAUCACCAGCCCCUAGGGAGCCCCCCGCUGCACCCCCUUCCAGCCCCUUGUCCCCUCUCAUCCCCAAGGGCGACCGGAUCCUACCUUCUGUCAGUCAGAGUGGGGCGCUUUGGCCUGUGUUGAACUUGGCACGCGGAGUCCAGCACCAUGGUGCUUUCCUUGUGUCUUCUACUCACGGCUGUGAGUCACCUGGGCGUCCUUCCUCCCCAUCUCUCGAGGUGCUCCGCUGAAUGAAUAUACCAGAACUGACUUGUUCUACAAUUAAAGGGCAUUUGGGGGCCCCCGUAUCUUGGCCAUCACAAGCACAGGACUGGGGACAGUUUUGCUGGGACAAGUCUUCCUGUGCAUGUGUCUCUCUUCGCUUCCGUUGGGCACAUCCCAGGAGUGGAAUUGCCUCUGGCUACCUCUGGAAUUCAUUCCAGUCGGACUCUGGCCCCCGCCACUCCUGCAGAGGAGCUCUGCCAAGUCCCCGGUGGCCCUGCUCAGUGCUGGUCCAUCCUCAUCCGAAGCAACCUCUCUGCAGCAUUUGGCACAGCCGACCACUGACCUCUUGUGACUCUCUCCCACUUGGCUUCUAGGGCCCCCCUUUGACCUCUUCCUCUGUCACAGUGUCCCUUCUCGGACUCCUUUGCCGGAUCCUCCCCCUUUCCAGCGCUAGCCUUGGAGCCCUUUGGGGGAGGGCCAUGGCCUUGUGUCCUCCCCAUCCACACUCACUCCCCAGGGCUCCAGUUUCCCCCAGGCUUCACCACCCUUUACACAGGGAUGGUCCCCACGCUGACGUCUCCUGACACGUGUCCCUUGCUGCUGCACUUCAGCACUUGGUCAUGUAAAAGGCACUUCAGAUUUAACAAACAGAACCUAAAUUCUGAUCCCCCAGGCCUGCCCCUCCUACAGUACCUCCCCUCCCAUCUUAAUACACGAAACUCCUUCCUUCUCUUUAUUUUGCGGCUCACAAGCAAACCUUAUUGCACCAGCUUUCGAAAUACAUCCCAGGUCUGCCUGCUCAUGACCCCUCCGCUGACACCCGGGGCGCAGCCACCAGGUGCCCACCCUCCUCUCUCACCCUCGGCCCAGAGCUUCCAGGGACUGCCCACCUGCCCGAGGCCUGCCUCCUGAGGUCCUCACCCCUGCUCUUGCUCCCACCCUCUCAGCCAAACCCGCCUCUGACCACGACCCCGACAUGCUGGGGGCCCCUGUCACAGUGCCUUGGCACUUGCUCUUCCUUCUGAUACGCACAUGGCUCGCUGUCCUUCCUGCGGCUUCUGCUCAGAUGUCACCUCUCAGGAGGCCUUCUUGACCACUUCCUACUUGAUUGCUACGCAGUCUAUGUCUGUUUGGUUUACUGUCUGUUUUCCUGUUCUACACCCAGAGUGUAGGCUCUAUGAGGGUGAGACUUAUUCGUUCCUACUUCCCAGAGCCAGGGGCAGGGCCUGCACACGGCAGACUCCCCAAGGCACUAACAGGCUUACCCUGCAAGUGUACCUUCGGAAGGUUUUCUGGCCACGUUUGUGGCCCCACAUUGCCUACUGAGAAUGCUGUAAACAGGCAUGACAGAAGCUUCCAGAAAUUGGAUGUGGUUUAACAGAGCGAGGUCACUGAAUUUUCCAAGGUGUCCAGUAAAAUGCCAUGUGGUGUUUUCAAAAUUCCACACAACUCUGCCGUGCCAACGUGAGCCUCGCAAAUUCCUUCAUGUCUCCCUUGCCUCCUAGGUUCCCGUUCAGCCGCCCAGAGCUGCUGAAGGAAUGGGUGCUGAACAUCGGCCGGGGCAACUUCAAGCCCAAGCAGCACACGGUCAUCUGCUCCGAGCACUUCCGACCCGAGUGCUUCAGCGCCUUUGGAAACCGCAAAAACCUGAAGCAGAAUGCCGUGCCCACGGUGUUCGCCUUUCAGGAUGCCGCGCAGCUGGUGAGGCAGAACGCGGACCCGGCCGGCGGGGGUGCACACGUGGACUCUCGCAAGGAGGAGGUCGUGCCUGAGGCGGGGCCGGCAGCGUGCGGCCCGGGGAGAAGGACCGCUGGUGCCCUCGAAGCGCUGCCCCCGAGCGCUGGCGGCGCCACGGAACAGGGCUUGCCGCAGAGACCGCAGGGAACCCCGGCCCCCGGUCAGCCGGCCAGCCCCACACAGCCGUCCGACCACAGCUACGCCCUUCUGGACCUAGAUGCCCUAAAAACAAAACUCUUCCUGACCCUGAAGGAAAAUGAAAAGCUCCGGAAGCGCCUGAAGGCCCAGAGGCUGGUGAUGCAGAGGAUGUCCGGCCGCCUCCGCGCCCACAGAGCGGGGCAGCCGCGACCGCAGAGCCGAGCUGGGCGGCCAGGCUUCCCUGUCAGCGCCUCUGGGGCUCGGGCCGUGGCCCCUGAAGCGACAGUGAGGCAGGCCAGGCCCACCACCAGCCACCUCAGGGGAGGUGUAGCCGCAUCGGCCCGGGACAGGAGCGGGACCGUGGGCAGGACAGACUCGGUCCUCCCGGAGGGGACGGGGCCCAACUGUCCUUCCAACGAAAGCUGGGCGGGGGUCUUCAGCACCACAGCGUGAGGAGGCGUCCUGAGCCGAUGGGGGUGGAGUGCGUUUCCCCGAGGGGCGGCGGGGCCCAGGGAAGGACACAAGAGGGGGUGACGGCGCAGUGGCUGAGACUGGCCUCUGUUCUGAGGCGGGCCUCCCCGGGGCCUGGGGUGAGUGAUGGACAGAAUAAAGUGUCUUCCUACGCUGCA